CAAGUUUCCAUCAUAUUACUUCGAAGUUAUUUUGUCCAAACCUUGUUCCAGUACAUUGUAGACAGAUGGGGCUUGCCGGGCGGCGGGUGCGCGUGCUCUUGGCUUGUGUGGCUUUGCAGUCGAUGCUGUAUAUGGUCUACGUGAACCUACUCCUAAGCCGCAUCGACGCGAAACAAGCCGUGGUGGAUGCCUACCAUCACGCCAUCCAGCACGACGAGUACGCGGUCGUGUGGUCCAUCGCCCAGUUUGUGCAGCGAAUUCUGUACCCCAAGACCACGCGCCGAGACGGGACGUUUCGAUGUCUCAAGUUUCAGCACACAGGGGAGUGUCCAAGCAGCUACGUCAGCAACGUCGUCACCUUGUUCCACACUCCUAGCAGCACCGAGCGAUGCGACACCAACAUCUCCACUGGGUUGCAUGGAGUGUCGGGGUACUUCGAAGUGCAGAGCGACAUUACAGGCGACGUGAUCUCGACCAUGCACAUGGCGUGCUCUCGGUUUACGAAUCGCGACUUUUCAUGCGAUGUGGGCGCCCAGUAUGCAUCGUAUGGCUGGGACUCGCUGCAAUACCGCCAUGAGCCACUCGCGUUGGAAGCGGGAGUGUCUAUUUCUACUUCUUCCAGCAUUAACCAUUCACCGCUGCCAGUCCUGUCAAACUCUCCACAACAAAGCUCGAGCUCGGCAGCGUUAUUCGCGCUACAUUCGGGCAAUCACUUGCGCCAACGCAACGACCACGUCUCGACGAAUUCACCACCGAAUCAACCUUUGCUUGGGUCCCGAGGUAUUGUGUUUGUGGUGCACCCUGGCAUCCUUGCCACCGCCUUUGCCAGCAUCCGACGGCUCUGGCAAGACCUCAACUGCUCGUUGCCCAUUGAAGUGUGGUACAGACCAGACGAAAUGGAAGGGACAAACCCCCUGCUUACUGCUCUGGUCGCUCAAUUCCAAGUCCACCCUCGUGUGAUCGACCAUCCGCUGGCCACUCGGUUCUUCACCAAGCCGUACGCGCUCUAUUACAGCGCCUUUGACAACGUCCUGCUCCUUGACAGCGACAACUUCGCCAUUCGGAACCCCGAGUUCCUUUUUGACGAGCCAACAUUUGUAGCCACUGGCGCCCUCUUUUGGCCGGACUAUUGGAAGCCAGGCAACUCGCUGUUUGGCCUGAACGGCUUUAGCUCGUUAUGGGACCUCACGGGCAUCGAUUUUGUCGACAUGUUUGAACAAGAGUCUGGGCAGUUGCUAGUCAACAAACGGGCAAGCGAGAAGGCGUUAGACGUGCUCAUGUUUUACUCGUUUCACACACCUCGGUACGACGGCCUCGUUUAUUCGAUAGCCAUAUUCAUAUGACGACUGGAUUCGUUGAUCCGUCGCAUCGCAAUAUAGCCUUGUCACGGACUUGGGGUUGGUGCAUGGCGACAAGGACCUGUACCGGCUCGCGUGGCUCAAAUCGGAAUUGCCGUUUCAUAUGAUCGAACGACCUCCUGGAAGUCUUGGCCGCCGACUGCGUUCACGUGGAGGUAGUGGUGGUGAGUUGUUCUGUGGCAACACCAUGGUGCAGUACGCUCCCGACGGUAGCCCCCUCUUUUUCCACCGCAACACGGAAAAGAUGACGGGGUGUGGGGGCGAUAGUCUUUCGUGGGAGUCCCUCCAAGAGUUCCGAUACAAGGACGUACAUGUGUCGAAGUACAGGCCCACGGCGUAUCAAGUGGGCGAGUCGAAAUGUUUUGGCCACCCAGAACCGUUGGUCAGCGCGUACACGGAGGUUAGUCGGUCGUCAUACAUCACGAUUGAAGCCACGCUGUUGAAAUAUGCCCGCGAAGGCAUGCGGAUACAGCACCCCGAAGGGUGUCCAACUUUGUGAUGAUUCAGUCAAGAAGCAACAAGGGGACAAGGCAAGGAUGUACGACGACGGAUCUAUGAGUCCCGUUAAGCCGUGUAGCAAAUGUGCUAGCAUUGAACAGGGUUGGGUGAUUGGUAAUAUUAACGCGUGUCGUUUGCACAAAGUUGCAUACCUCUA